UGUAAUAAUGAUGUUAGUACUUAACUAUUCUUUUCUAAUAUAGAGUUCUCAGUUUGUUGUCUGUGUAUGUAUGUUUGGUGUAUGUGUGUGUAAUUAGCAUAUAUGUUUACUCUUUGAUUUGAUAAUGUACGGAAGAUUUCCUUAGUUUGAAGAUAAUUUACAUGGCACACCAAUACACCGAUCGACUGUUAUUAUGACGUGCAAUGUCCCAGAGUUGAUAAUGGUCUGCAUGUGCCUAUCUGCCAAGUAUAAAAGCUCUAUAAAGGAUAUUCUUUUGCCCAAACUGAAUGAUAUAUAUGUCUAUAUCCCUUAAGAAUUUAAGUCUACGAAUAGUUUAAUUUUUAUCCCUUGAACAUGAAAACUAUAUCUUGGCCCGAACACUUUUACUAAUCAUUUGGUUAUAUCUGAUUAGCCUAGUGUAUCACCUUUCCCUCCUGAAAUAUAGAUCCGUUUUUCGGAUUCAGCUGGACGACUUUUGAAUGGAGUUGCACGUCAGUUUGUAGUGUUUUUGUUUCCGAGUUUUUUCUCACAAUAACAGUUCAACUAUUCAGAUGUGAUCUUUUUCAUGCUAUUUAGUAUAUUAAUAAUUCAUUGUCAUUCAAUAUCAUUGUCAGUAGAUGGACGGUUUAGUAACCUUGGGAGUAAUGAAUUGAUGAUAAAAUAAAACAGUUCAUCAUCAUAUCUGUGAAAUCAGAUUUUCUGUUGUUGUAAACAACCAGAUCAUAAACUUCAAUGUUUAUACUAAAGUGUAUUUAUUGACUUUUAUAAUAAAAUAUUUUAGUGUAGAGUAUGAGCAGUGAUAACAUAUAAUAUAAAUUAGAAAAUAAUUACUGGCUGAUAUGUCGAAUUACAUAUUUUAUAGGGUCAUUCGAAUUGAUUCACUCCACUAGAUUUGAUUAUAUCAAACGAUACUUCAUCAACACUGAUGUCCAUGCACCAAUAUAAGUGACACAAAUAUACCUGUUGGAUAACAAAAUGUUACCACUUGUUUCAUGAUUCACAUAAAUUGACUACAUAAUGUUAGUUAUUUUUUCUUCUUCUUGUAAUUCAACUUUAGCAUGGAUAUAUUUGUAGAUGAAACUAGUAAAAAUUCUCGUUAUGAAAAAGUAUGUUAUCUUGGUGAAGGUCAAUUCGCUAAUGUAUUCUUAGCUCAAGAUAAUAAUAGAAAUGGACAAUUAGUAGCUAUUAAAAAGGUUAAAGCAGGUCCACGUUGGGUAUUAGCUGAUGGUAUGAAUUUAUCUGCUAUUCGAGAAAUUAAAAUUCUUAAAGAAAUUGAUCAUCCCAAUGUUUUGACUCUGCUUGAUGUAUUCAGUCAGGAUAGGUGUAUUUGUUUAGUAUUCGAUUUUAUGUCAUCUGACUUGGAAGCUUUAGUACAUGAUCCAACAGUUGUGUUGAUACCAGCACAUGUUAAAGCUUUAAGCUUGCAGCUGCUUCGAGGUGUAGAAUAUUUACACGCCAACUGGAUAUUACAUCGAGAUUUGAAACCCAACAAUCUAUUCCUCAGUAAACAAGGUAAAGUGAAAAUAGGCGAUUUUGGUCUAGCUCGUCAAUUUGCCAGUUCACCUACUCGACCAAUGACACAUCAAGUGGCUACUCGUUGGUAUCGUGCUCCUGAAUUAUUUUAUGGUUGCACUUUGUAUGGUGUCGGUAUCGAUAUAUGGGCUGUUGGAUGUAUUAUAGCGGAAUUUCUUUUGCGAACUCCUUUAUUUCCCGGUGACUGUGAUUUAACUCAGUUGGCCAAAAUAUAUGAGAUCACAGGGACACCAGAGGAUGAUACAUGGCCUGAUGUUUAUCGUUUGCCUAAUUAUGUAAAAUUUGAACAUCGACCAGGCAUACCGUUCUCACAGAUAUUUACCGCAGCUAGUACGGACCUUAUAAAUUUACUAGAGACUUUGUUAAGUUUAAAUCCCGAUACACGUGGAACUGCUGCCAGCGCGUUACAAUCAUCUUAUUUUACAUCAAAACCAUAUCCUACACCGGAAAAUGAAUUACCACAGCCUAAAGUUAAUCGGACUGUCGCUAGUUUACUGCACCAACACGAACACCAACGUGGUUUGCAUAACCCUCUUGAUCCUGGUCUAGCCAAACCGUCACGAUCAGAUGUAAUAGUUCCUAGUUUAAAAUUAGAAUCAACUAAUAUAAGUACACCAACACCAACUGCAACCAAUCGUAAAAUAACUCGUUCUUUGAAAAAAUCAAUGGAACCGGAUGAUUCAGUAUCACCGUCAUUACCACCUACAUGUGCUAAACGAUUACAUUUGUGA